GCGGCAAAGUGAUUCAAGACUCAUACACCAAAGCAAACACACAUGCAAUGCAGUUGUAUAGUGACUGAGAGAGGACAAAGGCUGGUAUUGAGAUGACUAGUUCCAGGUGGGUCUAGAGAAAGUAAAUAGAAGAAAAAAAAUAGAAAUAGAAGAAACUGGUUCAGCUGGUAGAACAGCAUGAAACGUAUUUUUCUGUGGACCUGUUUGCUAACACACUGAGGUGAUGUGGUAAAUAUUUAAUCAAAUCAAACCGAGGAUUUUCAACCUUCUCAAGCUACAAAUCGGAGGCACAGGAGCGAGUUUGCAAGGAAAAAGAACCUCAUGCAGGUUUAGGACAACUUGAGGGUGACACAAUGACAUCAUCCAGGAGCUGGAUGUUCUCCUCUGUGCGUUCUAAGACUAGACUGGAUGAAGGGGAAAAUCCUUUCAGGAGAAGAUUAUUUUCUUCUUUCAGAGCCGAUCGACGUGAACAAAGGUCUGAAGAAGAAGCUGGUGUCGAAAUAGAUAAGAGACGAAGCUUCUCAGAUGGAGGACUUGAGACCAACAAAGGUGUCUUUCAUCCAGGUGAAGAUCAACAAGACAUGGGAGCCAUGAAGAGGUUUAGUACCCUAUUUACGUCUUUCCGUGGGAAAGUCAACAAAGACAGAACUAGUAAGGAACCAGAUCUACCUGCUAGCACAGGGCUCUCUCCCGUGGAAGAAAAGGCAAAGGAGCAGCGCUACGCUAGCGGGCAAUUCUUCUUUGAAUAUCUGGUGGUUGUUCGGCCUAAGAAGACUACAGAUGGGAUAUAUGAGCCACAGAUCAUCUAUCAGUUCCCUAAGAAAGAUGGAAUGGUGCGAUUUCAGAGGGAGGAGGAGGAGAAGACGUUAAAGGCGCUCACACUCUUUUGCUUUCCAGAGGGUGUUAACUGGGCACCCCUAACAGAAUAUCCCAGUGAAACAUUCUCUUUCGUGCUUACAGAUGUUGAUGGGUCGAGGAAGAAUGGAUACUGUAGGAGGCUGCUGCCUUGUGGGAAGGGUGCUCGCCUGCCUGAGGCCUACUGUAUCAUCAGUAAUUUAGCCUGCUUUGGACUCUUUUCCAAGAUUUUUGAUGAGGUGGAGCAACGCAGAAAGAUCUCCAUGGCGAUGAUUUACCCAUUUAUGCAGAGCCUGAGGGAGGCGCCUUUUCCUGCCCCUGGACACACUGUUAAAAUCAAAAGCUUUAUUCCAGAAAGAGGCACAGAGAUCAUCAGUUUGACUCGUCCGACAGACUCCUGGCUGGAGCAUGUAGAUUUCAGCGCAUUGUUCAGAUGCCUGUCAGAUGAGGCGGUGCUCAAGGUCUUUGCUGCUGCUGUACUUGAGCGGAGGAUCAUCUUCAUCGCCGAGGAGCUUGGUACAUUGUCUCAGGUCAUCCAUGCAGUUGCUGUUCUCCUGCAUCCAUUCAUCUGGCAGCACACGCUCAUUUCCAUCGUUCCCGAGAUCCUAAUUGACGUCAUCAUGGCACCCACACCAUAUCUGCUGGGUGUCCAGAAACGCUUCGCAGAUCAGGUCACUGACCAGACUGAGCUGCUUGUUGUUGACUUAUCAGAAGGCAGGAAGGAGACAUUUAUCAAGUGUAUGGGAGAUGAGGACACAAUAUUACCUCACAAACUCAAAGAGGAAAUCAAGCAGGCCCUCAGUGCCAAAAAUGAGAAAUCAAGUCUUGAGGAGUUGAACCGAGUGGUCCCAGAAGCUUUCCUGCCUUUCUUUAUCAAGACUGUGGGCCACUUCGCUAAAUACAUCGUGCGGAAUGGCAAAGACAAGCAGGGCGAGUUCCAGCGAACAAAUUUCUGUAAAGCUAUAGAAUCCAAGGGCACGCGGCGGUUUGUAAAGAAGUUCGUACAGACGCAGAUGUUUGACCUCUUCGUUCAGGAAAUGGAACAGAGGCCCGUCUCUCAGGACGGCACAGGAUUUUUUGACAAAAAGAUUGCUGAAUACCAGAAAAAGAUGAGAGAGAAAGUCAAGAAACACUAGUGGAAGCACUCACCAAAGUACCAGCUUGUAAAUCUUGUGUGAAAUACAUCAGUUUGUAGUAAAAUAAUUUUAAGGAAUGUAGAUAGAAUUAAAUGUCCGAUUAUGUUUUA